CCGUUCCCUUAGCGCUCGCGCUGCGGGGAAGGAUGCUCAGACCCAGGCUCUUUGCUACUUUCAGUCGUUGAACAGAAUUUCUUGUCGUUGUGUGACCGGUGCUUACAAUCUUCCAUGUUUCAAGAGGAUCAUGCUACUGUGAUGUCUAACCUCGUUUUUUAUUUUUUUUUCAGAGUAAAAUAUUUGUUUCAGUGUAAAUUAUAAUAAUGUAAGAACAGAGUAGAUUAUGCAAGUAUAAGAAAGCAAUGCACUAGCAUUUUCUGUUUGCUUAGUUUAUUAUAAGUUGGCUAACCAAAGAUAAAAGCCAUGUGGUUUGAAAUUUCCGUAUUUUAUUACUAGUCAAUUUUAGGUAAUCCCUGUCUUUUAUUACUUACUUUUAGGUAAUCCCUGUCUUUUAUGACUUACUUUUUAGAUGAAUUAAGAUAUUCUUUAUGAAGAAAAUCCACUAAUAAUCCAUAGCUUUGAAGAGUGCAAGAUUGUAUGCUGUUUUGUUUGCUCUGCCUUGUUUGUCCUUCCACUCUAACUAAUGAACUGAGACAUUCUUAAGUCUGUCAGUUUUGUUACUAAAGUCAUUUCCGGUGGCUACCAGUCCCACGACUAAAGAGCUUUGGAGCUCCUGCACAGAUCAUUCCCAUGCUUGCCCAAAGCAUUAUUUUAUAUGCAACAUUGGAAAUAAAUCACACACACACACACACACACACACACACACACACAACUCCUGAAUCAUCCUUUUGACUUACCGUGCUUUUUUAAGUCUGUCUUUGAGAAAUGUAAAGACAUGCAGGACGGACAUCUAAAGGAGCUGUAGCUGAAGCCUCUGCCGGAACUGUAGGAGUCCUGGCGAGCACCGACAGCUUCUGUGCCCAUCACAGACACGUGCCACAGGGCAGGGCAUCAAACAGCAGGGGAUACGAAUCAUUCGCUUCCUGUCGUUAAACAAUUUGUAAUUGUCGUGUGGAAAAUUAUCUGGCUAAACACCAUUUAGUUAAAAAAACAACACAGCUUAUGUUCUAGAUGAUAUCUUCCAACUGCCAAGUGCUCAGAAAUCUUUUAAAUUAUGCUUACAGACUAUCUGAGGAAACUGAAAUCUGUUCAGUUUGUCUUAAGUUGAUAUAUGUAAUUAUGAGAAAAAACUAGACAAAUGGUCUUGUAUUACGUUCUAAAUGAAAUCUUUCUUGUCUUUAGCAAAUGACUAGUUCUGUGAGCAUUUUUCUAGCAUUUCUUAAUAUUUGUGUCAGCAACUAGGUUUGAGUCAUGCUAGUUAAAAACUAAUAAUCAUUAAUAUGUGUAAAUUGUAUGUGAUAAAAGGAGGCCAGUUUCUCUCCUUAAAAGUUGAUUAUUCAGUUAAGUUUUUAGUUGCUGUUUUUAUGAAACCUACUUGGGAGUGAAGUUUUCACUAAUGUUUCUUCUUUUCUCCUGUUUCCUCCUUGUUCCUUUGAACAUAACCAUUGUGGGACUCCCACCCACCCACCCGUGGGUUGUUAACUAGACCGCGUGCAUGUGCCCCCUGUCUCCUCUCAUGUGCUGUACGUCAUCUCCCCCCCCUUACCUCCUGCCAGUCCUUGAAGUGGACGUGCUGUCAGACAUUUCAGAGGAAGACCCCUUUGGGGAGGCUGAUCAGACCACACUAGAUAGCUUCGAGCUGCUUUCCGUGGCUGGAACCUCAGAGCAGGGUGACUCUGAGGCGGCCACACUGGAGUCUGCCCCCGAGCCUGUGGUCGCCCCUCCUCAACCUGACGGUCCUUCUGUGCAUGAGAGGACUCUCAGGUUGGCUGUCCCCAAGGACGCUGACCCCGGCUGCGUUCCCUUUCCCUUUCACCAUUGCUUUGCCUCUGGCUUCCCAUCCCUUCUGGAUGAAGAUGGGUACCUGGCGCUCCCCAGCCUCCCCACGCUCUGGGUUUCUUUUCUCCCUGCCGGCGUCCAGCAUCGCGUCCCCAUCACUUCGCCUUCCUUCAUCCCUUCACUCAUCCUCAGCUUCGGGCUGCUGCUCUCGGCCUCGCAGUCAGUUGCUUUCUCCCUCACUCUUUCCCUUCCUCUGGCACUAGCCCUCUGCUAUCUGGAGGGGAAGGCCACGGCACUCCACGUCUUUUAUGACUGUGAUUUGAAUGACAAACCAGAGGAAGAAGAAGCAGUGACCUCCAUGUCUCCAUAAGCGGCAGUGUCUGAAGCCCACCCUCCCUCUCUUGUCACACCCCCUUCUGAUAGAGUCUAAACAUGUGCAUCAGUUUUACUGACUACCCUCAAAGUAGUAUGUACACAUUCUCACACACACACACACACACACACACACACACACACACACGAGCAAUGAGUUAAGAUACUUCCCUUUGCUAUUUGAAGUCCAGGUCAGCACACAUUCUAAAUUCAGAGCAAACUGGUAGGAUCAAUGUAUAAAUAGUCGUACAUCAUGCUAUGUUGUUACAGGAGUGUCUGAGCUGGGAAUCUGUAACGUCCUCAAGCAUUCAUAUUAGCUGUGUCUCGACGAUAAGUAUCAAUAUUGAUCCUUAAGCAUGUGAUCAUUAUUUUAAAACGAAACUUAGAAUGUUUUGGGCAUAAUUGUAAUUGUCGUGUAUCAGGAGAACAUAGUAUUCUAAUCUUGAUCAAAACUCCAGCUUGCACGUGCACUUACGAGCCCAUGUCUAUAUGUAAAUUACACUCCUGAUGUUUCCAAGUCUCAGAAACUCCAUGUCUGUUGUACUUUUAGCAUUUGGGGACCAAGUAGAUAAGUUUUCCUUAGUCUUCUUUCUCCUACCCUGAAUUAUGUAAUUAUAUAAGAGUCAUCAUCGGGUAUUUUAUAAGAUAGAUGAUAGUUCUGUUGUAGUAUGAAUUAAAAAUGAACCAUGGCUUUGAGAUAUUAGACUAAAUAUGAGAGGUUGGCCUUUCUAUUCUUAUGUAUUUAAAAUUAGGUGUCUGAGACUUCUUACAUCUGUGUAAGAGUUUAUUUGACGUGUUCUACCUCUGCACUACCAGGAAGUCAGCCUUAGUAUGUGCAGCACAUUUUUAAUUAUUUUGUUCAAUAUGGUCUGGUUGAUUAAGUGUCUUGUAUUUUAGGGAUUCUAUCAACACAGACUAUAUAUCAUAGAAAUCAGGGCAAACAAAGAAAAAUAUAAGAAAUGGAAUGAAUAUACCAUUGUAGAAGAAAUUGUAAUUCUUUACAUUUACUUGAGAAAUAACCUCAUAUCAACAUUUUAGUGAGUUAAAUGUUGAGCAAGAAAGUAGAGACUGACUCUUCACCAACUUGUCGUAGCUAUGUCGUGUUCUUCACCUCUGACAUGGAGGUGGGGAGAAAGUUCUUAGCUCCCUCCUACCUCCCACACACACCACCACAUGGUCAGAACACAGGAUUCCUUCUAACUCUGUGGCACUGUCACUGCAGCCCAGGAGAGGAGCACAUGGAUGGGUUAGCCUGGGAAGCUGACGUUCCCUUUGUGUCUGUUUUUGUUUCUGACAUGAGUCUCCUACUGUCAACAUUUACUCAAUAUUUCUUAGUCCCAUUUCCAAAUUGAUUUUUGGGGUCAUUAAAUAUUUGGAAAUACCUAACUACAGAAAACUAUUGCAUAAAAAUUUUAUGGGAAGCAGAUAUAUUUGAAAGAUCCCUUUUAAUAUGAAAAAAAGCUAAUUGGCUAAUUUUGCUCUUUAAAAACUGACGGGACAAUGUAUAGCGAUGUCAAGUCGGUAACCUACUCCUAGCCGAAGACCAAUUUGGCGUCUUUGUCCCUUGUUCCAUCGCCACUUGGCUUUUGCCAUCUUUGUACUCUCAUUUUUAUUCUGCUUAAAAAAGAAAAUUCUUUAAAGUAGAGCGUACUCUAUGGACUGAGAAAGAGUGAGCUGCCCUUGUCCAUCCCACGCACACGAAGGGCCAUUCCAUCAUGCACAGCAGCUAGGUGAAGACAGCCACUGGCCUGGCGUGUCCCGGGGCCGGAGCGAGCUUCACGCUAUUGCACAUCCGUGGGACACAGCACCCCCGCCUGGCGGUGGAGCCCUGCCGGGAGCCCUCCUUUCUGCCCGUGUGGCCAGUGGCUUUUCAGGGGAAGAUGGAAGAUGCAGAGAUGUGCCCAGAGCAGGUGUCUGCUUCCCUUAUGUUAGAUAUUAAGUGCCUGCUGCCUGCUGCUCCCUGACUUGGGGUUGGGAUGGGAUGGGAUAUGACGGUGGUUUUACCUGAAGUUUUGUUUGUUGUGGCUCUUAAGAUUUUCAUUCUCUUUUAUUUUAGAAUUUAGAUUAUGAAAUUCUGGGUUGUUUGUGAUGCUCGAUGACUGAUAUACACUUGUGUUUAUUUGCCUUUUCUCCCUGUGUGUGAUUU